AUGACUCCUGGAAAUUACAUCAGACCAUACUUCUACACCACUUUGUUGCAUGGGACAUUAUCGAUAGACGAACAGCUCACCAAUGUCCUCACGAGGAUCAGCAGCAACAUUGCGAAAGCAGCAAGCAAGAAGAAGAAGAAGAACAAGAAUAACCCGGUCGAGGUCCCCGUGAAGAUGAUGAGGACGGCGGACGAGGCGGCUGUGGAGGGCGAAGACGUGAGCUGCUUCGGGGCCUUCGUGGCAGGGGCCGCGGGGCACAGCCUGCUCAUCGGGGAGGACAAGUACAGCAUCGACGUGAACCCACCCAUGAUCAAGACAGUCGACCUUCCAAAGAGCAUGAUGGCUGGGUUUCCUGUUUAUCCCAACAAAUUUGAGGUCAUGUUUGCAAGCAAGGAAAGCUGUAUUCUCAAAUGGUUCAAAAGUGAUCUUAAAUUUGAGACAGUCAAGGAAGCUCAAAGCAAAUUAAAUCAAAUAGUUUGGCUGGAAGCAAACAGUGGCUACAGUUGUUACACCACAAAUGAUGACAUCGGAAGAUUAAUAAAGGUUGUAGUGACUCCAGCUACAAAUAACCGGAAAGGUGAUGAGAUGGAAGUGAUAUCUCCCGUUUUGGUAUCUGCAGGGCCAGGAGAGUGUCCAUUUGAACGCAGACACGCACUUACCAAAGAACCUGCUGGUGCUAACAGAAUACGAGUGGUAUGUUACAAUAUUUUAGCAGACUUGUAUGCUGAUUCAGACUUUGCAAGAAGUAAAUUAUUCUCCAGUUGUCCUCCCUAUGCUAUUGACAUGGACUACAGAAAACAGCUUCUCAUUAAAGAGCUGAUUGGAUACAAUGCAGAUCUUGUGUGUUUACAAGAACUGGAUGAACGACUGUUUCUCAGGGAUCUGCAGCCUACUUUGGAAAGGGAAGGUCUUGAAGGAUACUAUGAUGCAAAAGGAGGACAAGUCACAGAAGGAUGUGGAAUAUUUUUCCAAAAGCAGAAGUUAAGGAUGGUAGAUCAUACCCGCAUCAUUUUAAGUGAUGAACUGCAGUCCAACCCAUUGUUUGAAGAUUGGUGGGAGAAAAUAAGCUCCAAUGUAAAGCUUGUUGAAAGAGUGGUACAAAGAACCACUACCUUACAGAUAAGUGUCCUGGAGAGCAUUGAGAAUCCAUCAAAGCAAAUAGUUGUUGGAGUGACACACCUCUAUUUCUAUCCUGAAGCAGACAAUAUACGACUUCUGCAGGCAGGAAUCUCCAUGCGACUCCUUCAGCAGGUCAUGAGUCUGUGUAAGACAAAGCAUCCAGAAAAGGAUAUUUCCCUGCUCUUUUGUGGGGACUUCAAUAGUACUCCAGAGUUUGGAGUUUACCGGUUCAUGAAGACCCAGUUCAUAGAUGUUGAUGAUCCUGAUUGGAGUAGCAGUAAGUUUACCUUUUGAUUCUUAUUGAUCUUUUAUUUGCACGUGGUAGAUGAUUAUUUUGGCGAGUCAUCAGUAAGAGUGGAGAAAAAUAUUUGCACAAAUCUGUUACAAGUUUUACACAUCAGAUUUAUGAUAAAUUUGCUGAUGUCAUUCCCCUAAUGGUGAGAUCUGUCUUAGAUGAAGGCCUCUCAAAACAACUUACUAAAAAUAUAAUAUAAAAGGAAGUUUGCCUUUUGCUUCAG